CUCCUAUCCAAAUCCUGAGCACACGAACCAUGGAGUCUUGCUAUCCCCUAGUUAGUGUUCACUAAUCCCUACAUGGUAUCAGACCACGGCGGUCCGGACGGAGCUUGGUGUGCGACAUUUGACGGCAGCGUGUUCGAGUACAGCGGAUCUGAGGAUUUCUUUUGGGGAAGAACGACGGGGAGGUCGGGAGGCGGCGCUCCGGAUUCCGGAUCUGAGGAUUUGAAGUCAGGAAGAAUUCUUGGGACUGGAACUGAAUAUGACGGCCUCUACUACCUCGACAACGCAUCGACUUCACUUGCACUUAGUGUGAAAUGUGUCUCCGCUACAGAUGAGUUGUUAUUACUACAUUAUAGACUUGGGCACCUAUCGUUUCAGUCACUAGGCCGCAUGUUUCCCUCGCUUUUGGCCUCCUGUUGCAAAGAGCAACUUGUAUGUGAUGUAUGUGAACUAGCAAAACAUACGAGAACUAAUUAUCCUAGCAACAGUGAGAGGAGUAAUGUACCUUUUGAAGUAGUUCAUUCAGAUGUUUGGGGGCCAGCAGUUGUAACCUCUCUAUCAGGAGAACGGUGGUAUGUAACUUCCAUUGAUGAAUCUAGUCGAUAUACUUGGCUGUAUUUGCUCAAGUGAAAAUCUGAUGUUUUGUCCGCAUUUAAAAACUUUUAUACUCUGGUGUGCAACCAGUAUAAUGCUAGUGUUAAAGUAUUUCGUUCAGAUAAUGGAACUGAGUAUGUUAACAAGGAUUUUGAUAAUUCCUUAGCUUCACAUGGCAUUAUACAUCAAACCACAUGUGUGAAUACAGCUGAACAAAAUGGGGUUGCAGAACGAAAAAACAGACAUCUGCUAGAAGUUGCUAGAUCCCUCAUGUUUAUGAUGAAUGUGCCAAAAUUCCUUUGGGGUGAAGCUGUCAAGACAGCGGCAUAUUUAAUAAAUUGUAUGCCAUCAAGGGUUUUAAAUCAUAAGACUCCGGUUAAGUGUUUGAGUGGUGCUAAUUCUUUCAUUGUUCCCCCCAAGGUUUUUGGAUGUACUUGUUUCGUUCAUGACUAUAGGAAUUCAGCAGGGAAGCUUGAUCCACGUGCAGUUAAAUGCAUAUUUGUGGGUUACUCUCCUACCCAGAAGGGGUACCGGUGCUGGAGCCCUACCGAGAAAAGGUUCUUUGUCAGCAUGGAUGUCACAUUUCAUGAAAAUGAGCCAUUUUAUCCUAUAGAUGGUAAAAUUGUUCAUGGUGUUGAUAGUCAGGGGGAGAAUAUGAGUAAAGAUGUUACUCCCAGUAGCUCAGCUCUAACUCCUAUGAUUGAUAUAUCUCAGCGGGAGAAUGAACCAGAGGGGGAGGAAGAUGCUAAUAGUAACGAUGGAAAUGAGGUAAGUGACACUUUUCCCAGUCAACAAGUUAUUGAGCCUGACACUUCUUCUGAGCCAAUAACUAAUGAUGGGACUGGAGAAGAUAUUGACCAUAUUGAUGCCCCAGAAAAUUCUUCUUCACCGAGGGAGUCUACUCAGGGAGAAGGUAUGGUAGAAUCUGUAGCAGCUCCCAGUUCUCCUAUAGUUGAUCCUCCUAUUGCAUUGCGUAAGUCUGCAAGACGUACUGAUAUUCUAGCGCGCCUUAAGGAUUGUGUUGUCUAUAAGCAUGAUAUUGCCAAAUUUAUUUCUUAUGAAAAAUGUAGCCCAACAUUCCAAGGAUUUAUUGCUUCUUUAGACUCCACAUCUAUUCCAAGAGAUUGGAAGGAUGCUAUAAAGGAUUCUAGGUGGAAGACAGCCAUGCUAGAGGAAAUGGCAGCCUUGGAGAAGAACAAUACAUGGGAACUCAUGAACUUACCAUCUGGUAAAGAACCUGUGGGGUGCAAAUGGGUAUACACCAUUAAGAAUAAUCCCGAGGGUAAGGUUGAGAGGUACAAGGCUCGUUUAGUAGCAAAAGGGUAUACUCAGACAUAUGGGAUAGACUACGAAGAAACUUUCGCUCCAGUUGCCAAAAUGAAUACAAUACGAACUUUGAUAUCAUGUGCAUCUAAUCUUGACUAGGAUUUACAUCAACUAGAUGUAAAAAAUGCUUUUCUUCAUGGAGACCUCCAAGAGGAGAUUUACAUGCAUAUACCUCCAGGUUUUGGCACUGCACAAACUGAGGGCAAAGUACUUAGGCUGCAUCGAUCAUUAUAUGGCUUAAAACAAUCACCUCGGGCAUGGUUUGAUCGUUUUCGACGCGCGGUACUACUAAUGGGUUAUAAACAGAGUAAUGCCGAUCAUACUCUGUUUUACAAACGUAAUGCAAGCAAACUGGCUAUAUUGAUAGUCUAUGUUGAUGAUAUUGUUAUUUCAGGAGAUGAUGAGGAGGAAAUUAAGAGAUUGAAGUUGCAACUGGCACAGGAGUUUGAAGUUAAAGACUUGGGUCAAUUAAAAUAUUUUCUUGGAAUCGAAGUCUCUAGGAGUUCAAAAGGUAUCUAUCUUUCUCAGAGAAAAUAUAUCUUGGAUCUCCUAUCAGAAACUGGAAUGAAGGGGUGUCGUCCAGCUUCUACACCAAUUGAACAUGGUUGUCACCUUGUUAAAGAGGGAGGCUCACCCGUAGACCGGGAACAAUACCAAAGACUUGUUGGGCGCUUGAUCUAUCUAUCACAUAAUCGCCCUGAUAUUGCUUUCGCUGUAAGUGUUGUUAGCCAAUUUAUGCAUGAUCCUCGAACCCAUCAUAUGGAUGCAGUAAAUCGGAUUAUUUGCUAUCUUAAAGGGUGUCCUGGUAAAGGUUUGUUAUAUUCUUCCCAUGGCAAUUUACAGAUAGAAUGUUAUACAGAUGCAGAUUGGGCAGGCUCAUUAGAUGAUAGAAGAUCAACAUCUGGCUAUUGUACCUUUGUUGGAGGAAAUCUUGUUACAUGGCGUAGCAAGAAACAGAGUGUGGUUGCCAGGUCUACAGCAGAAGCAGAAUUCAGAUCCAUGGCACAUGGAAUAUGUGAAAUUUUGUGGUUAAGGAUCUUAUUAAUGGAACUGGGCUUGUUUCGGUCAAAACCCUUAAUGCUGUACUGUGAUAACAAGGCAGCUCUUGAUAUUGCGCACAAUCCAGUACAACACAGUCGAACAAAACACAUUGAGAUUGAUCGACACUUCAUUAAAGAAAAGCUGGACCAAGGAGUCAUCUGCAUGCCCUAUGUGAGUUCUUCUAACCAAGUAGCAGAUAUUUUAACUAAAGGGUUACCAGAUAGGCAAUUCUCAAGUCUUUGUUGCAAGAUGGGGUUAUUUGAUGUAUUUGCCCCAUCUUGAGGGGGAGUGUUGAGUUAUAUCUUGUACUCAAGUGUAAAUAGCUUGUUGUCAGAGGGUCUAAAGUGUAAAAUGAUGUACUCUUGAUUAUAAAGAAAAGGAAAGGAAACGGAGAGAACUCUCCAGUACGCUCCUAUCCAAAUCCUGGGCACACGAACCAUGGAGUCUUGCUAUCCCCUAGUUAGUGUUCACUAAUCCCUACAGUUCCUAUCGGAUCCGGUUUACUUUACUGCCCCUUGCUUGGAUUCAAAUGUUGAAUAUAUAAUGUAUCAUGAAAGUUGGUACCGUGAUCCCAAUAAACAGGUACCAUGUGAAAAAAAA